CGUAUUUAUAUUUGGGUAGUGUAGCCGGAAGUAUUAAGGAGAGGAAUAUUUGAAGAAGAAAAGCUUUUGCAUUACGUCUAAAUCGAGAAGAAAAAUAAUAAAAAUACAUUCAUUCUCGGACUAUCAAGGAGCCUACCAGCAUGUCGAAUAUGGAGAAGCAUCUCUUUAAUCUCAAGUUUGCAGCCAAAGAACUGCAACGAAGCUCUAAGAAAUGUGACAAAGAGGAAAAGGCAGAGAAGGCCAAAGUCAAAAAAGCUAUCCAAAAAGGAAAUGUGGAAGUGGCACGGAUCCAUGCGGAAAACGCCAUCAGACAGAAGAACCAGUCGGUCAACUUCCUAAGGAUGAGUGCAAGGAUUGAUGCAGUGGCCGCCAGGGUCCAAACAGCAGUCACAAUGAACAAGGUCACUAAAUCUAUGGCUGGAGUGGUGAAAGGCAUGGAUGCCACACUGAAGAGUAUGAACCUGGAGAAGAUCUCUGGGCUCAUGGACAAGUUUGAGCAUCAAUUUGAGACGUUAGAUGUACAGACCGCUCAAAUGGAGGACACCAUGAGUAGCACAACCACACUAACCACCCCACAGAAUCAAGUGGAUUCACUGAUGCACGAAUUGGCUGAUGAAGCAGGGUUGGACCUGAACAUGGAACUCCCACAGGGACAGACUGGAUCAGUGGGCACCAGUGUAGCGUCAGCAGAGCAGGAUGAGCUGUCUUCAAGGCUUGCCAAACUCCGAGACCAAAUGUAAAGGAAGAACUCAGAGACCUCAAGUGCAGAGCUUCAGGUUACAAGACCUGCUCUGUUCUUUUCAUAAUGUCUUCGUCUCACUCCUUUAGUUUUUCUCUUUGAUGAUCCUACUGUAUCCUGUUUGAGAGGCUUGCCCUUGGGUCCUUAUUGGUGUUCUUAAUUUACUGUUGUAUAUAGAGAGUAUCAAGUUACAGGAAUAUUAGUCACCCGCCUACGAACACUAAAGCAAAGACUUACUGGUUAUGGAAAAUGAAUUCAUUCUUUGAAAUAAUAUAUAUUAUAACUGGGAUGGUUUCGUCUGCGACUGAUGCUUUUUGUACGUCCAUUUUUUGUGUGUAGUAGUUUGGCAGGCCUCUUGUCUUAAGAGGAAACUGCAAUGUUAUAUUUGUUUCUUUCUGGUGUCCCUCCUUUUAAGACAUUUUCUCAUACAAUUUAUUCACGUGAAAUAUUAUGUUUAAAAAAUCUCAUAUCCUGUAUCAGAACGGCAUUGUUUUAAGGAGAGUUUGGUUGGUUGAUUCUUACAUUUGAUUGAUAACUCUGAGUCUUUGGAUGUCAUGUUUUUGUUCACCUUGAUUAGGUUAUUAGAUAAUACAAUUUUAUAACACUUUUAA